UGCCAGGUUGGGCGAUUUUUCGCCAAUUGGGCUAUCUUUAUGUGUCUACUGGCGACGAAAAAUAUGCUUUGGCGACCAGUCGCCGAUUGGGCUACUGUAUCAAUAAUAUCUAGGCGAUUUGGGCUAUAAUCAAAUUAUCAUUAAAAUAGGUUUUUCUGUCUCUGGAAUAGGUAAACAAUUGUGCUACUUUAUCAUAUUUUAUUAUCAAUAUUCAAUAAAGUCUGGACGUUCUAAAUCGUGUUUUCGCCGUUUUCGGAAAAAAACUUGACGCUGUGAUUGGCAGAUCAGUUCAGUAAUGGGGAAGUAUUCAAAGUACGAAAAAAAAUAUAAUAAGGAUUGGGAACUCUUACCAUGCUUUUCAGGAUGGCUUCAAAGAGCACCUGAUGAAUUCGCAGGCAAAGGAGAAGCAUAUUGCAAGUUAUGUAGGACACCAUUACGAGCACAUAAGACAGAUUUAACAAAACAUUCUUCUACUAACUGUCAUAAACAAAGAGCCAAUAGUUUAAACGUUAAAAAACAGCCUGCCUUAACAUCAUUCGGAAUUGGUAUUAAAUCAUAUAAUGACAAAAUUAGAGACCUUAAGAUAGCUCUUUUCAUCGCAACCCAUUCUGCAAUCAGAAGUGUUGACCACCUCGGUGAACUUCUAAAAGCCAUGAGCGGUACAAAUAGUUGCUUUUCAUCAUUAGAUUUGCAUAGAACUAAAUGCUCAAAACUGAUUAUAAAUGUUAUUGAACCUUGUUUUCUGACUGAGUUAAUAGAAGAUAUUGGAAGCAAUCCAUACUCCAUCAUUAUUGAUGAAUCAACGGAUAUCGGUACUAAUAAAUACAUGGCAUAUUGUGUACGCUAUUUCAGUCAUUCCACAUCAAACAUGGUAACAGAGUUCUUAGGUUUUACUGAAAUUGAAAAAGCUACUUCUGAAAUACUCAAAGAUGUAUUCAUGAAAUUCAUUGAAAAAUCAAAAUUAAAGUUGCAAAACUUAGUUGGUAUAGGAACUGACGGUGCAAGCAAUUUAUGUGGAAAAAAUAAAUCUCUUUUCACACUUUUGAGAAAUGAAGUUCCUCAUCUUCAACUAAUAAAAUGUGUAUGUCAUUCUCUUAAUAUAUGUGCUGCUAAUGCAUGCGAAGAGCUUCCAAGUAGCUUAGAGUUCUUGCUUAGAGAAUCCAGAAGUUGGUUUUCACAUAGUUCGUUACGGCAAAUGACAUAUAACAAUUUAUUCCAAGCCCUGCAUGAUGGAAAACAGCCUCCUUGCUUAAUUCAAUUAUCCACGACACGAUGGCUUUCCUGGCAUAAUUGUGUAAAAGCUGUGCUUACUCAAUGGCUACCUUUGAAAACGCAUUUCGGAAUUGUAUCUCAAAGUAAAGAAGGGUGCUAUACUUCUAGAACGUUAUCUGACAUGUUCAAUGAUGAAACUCACUUACUUUAUCUAUUGUUUUUAAAUCCAGUUUUACAUGCUGUAACUCAAGUAAAUCUUGUUUUUCAAAGUACAAACAUUGAUUUGGGUAAGGCAUAUGCAGAUUUGAAAAUGUUAAUUAUAUCUAUGGCUAAGCGCAUAUUAAAACCAAAUCAUAUAUCUAAAAUUAUUCAUAAUAGCACUGAUGGUAAAAUGAUUAGUAUUUUAGAUAUUGAACAGCUGAAAAAUGCAUUACUCUAUCCUGAUGCUCAUUUGCCUCUUACAUCUAUAGAUUUUGGAUAUAAAUUUAAAAAGCAAUCUGAUAUUAGCAUUUCAAACAAGUCAAUUAAUAGUGAACAAUUGAAUACAGUUAUGAAACGUUCAGCUAUGUUCAUUUUUUCUUUGUGUCGUGAAAUGUUAAAACGAUUCCCUCAUAAUGUGGCUGUGAUGGAAAAACUGAGAAAUUUGUCACCACAAGAAUGUUUUAACAUAACUGGAUUUAGACCAUCAUUUUCUGAACUUCCCAUUGAUCUGGCUGGUACUAAUAAUGAUACUGAUAUACUAGAAGUCCAAUGGAAUAAUUUAGGAACAUUAAGAUUUGAAGAAGUAUUCCCUGGUAAAAAUAUUAAAGAUAUUUCUCUUCUAGAGUGUUGGAUAGAAAUAUCAAAAUUAAGAAAUGCUACUGGAAAACAAAUGUUUAAAGAAUUAAGUAAUUUUGCACUUCGUGUUUUGACAUUACCAGUAUCAAAUGCAGUUGUAGAGAGGGUAUUUAGUGUGAUGAAUACGACAAAAACUAAAUUACGAAAUAGAAUGUCUAUGAACAUGUUAGUAGCAUUAAUUAGAAUAAAACUUCAUUGCAGAGUAAAAAAAAUAUGCUGUGUAAAUUUUACACCUACUAAAGACAUGUUAAAUUUAUUUAAUGAUAGUAUGUAUGAUUAUGAUUGUAAAACUCAAACAGUUGCAUCCACCAAUGACAUGACAGAUGAUAUGUUUGAAACUGUAACUCUUUUUAAUGCAGAUGAUCUUUCUAUUGAUUGACUUAUUAUUUUUAUUUUCUUUAAAUAUUUUCUUAUUUGCUU